AAUAAUUUUUUUUAAAGGGAAAGUUGGAUACCGUUGUCAAUAACUAGAAUUUUCUUCUUUUAUAUAUAAAAACUAGAAUUUUAUACUACAAAACUCAGAUUUAUUCCAUCUAAUAUCACUUUUAUAUUAUAAAAACAAACAAAAAUAGUGAACUAUAAAAGAUCUGGCGACAUAAAUUACUGUAAGCUACUAAAUAAAAACAGUAGAAAACAUAGUACUAAUCCCGAUUUUGAAACUUAGUUUAUUGAUUAAUUAAUCUGAAAAGUAGCAUGUUCAAACUCAUUGAUUAAGCUAAGAGAUAAUGGAUUAAUUAUAUAAACCUCCGUCAUCCUCUCGUGUCUUGUCAAAUCUAAUCGAAAGAGAGAGAGAGAGACAACUGUAACAGCAUCAUUUAAAUUUCUCUUCUCCCUAAUUUCAUUUUCAUCUCGCACUAGAAAAAUAAAGAAGAGGAAGAAAACGAAAGAGUUCUCAACUCUCUCUCUCUAGAUUAUAGCAUCAUUCUCUCCUCGUGUGUCUCCUAAUCUGAAAACAAAAGACCAUUUUCUGUAGCAUUUUGGAUUAUAAGUGAAGUGAUCAGAUCGGAGAUGUCGGAUGUUUCGGGUGACGGAGAUGCAACGGCGACGUAUCCAUCACUGACGGUGUCGGCGUCUUACAAGGAGAGCGGGGGAGGAAAAAGCUCGUCGAAGCGAAGGCCAAUUAGGCCGAGCUUCGAAGCAGCGGCCGACAAUGAGCUCAUCACUAUGCUUCAUGGCUCGGAUCCACUGAAGGUUGAGCUUAAUCGACUUGAGAACGAAGUUAGAGACAAAGAUCGAGAGUUAGGGGAAGCACACGCAGAGAUCAGAGCGUUAAGGUUGUCUGAGAGACAGAGAGAGAAAGCUGUUGAAGAGCUUACAGAGGAGCUUGCCAAGUUAGAUGAGAAGCUCAAGUUGACCGAGUCCAUUCUCCAAAGCAAAAAUCUAGAAAUCAAGAAAAUCAAUGAAGAGAAGAAAGCAUCAAUGGCUGCACAGUUUGCUGCUGAAGCCACCUUAAGAAGGGUCCAUGCUGCUCAAAAGGAUGGUGACAUGCCUCCCAUUGAAGCCAUCCUUGCUCCAUUAGAAGCUGAGCUUAAGCUUGCACGAUCAGAGACUGUGAAGCUUCAAGAAGAUAACAGGGCUUUGGACCGUCUGACUAAAUCAAAAGAAGCUGCCUUACUUGAUGCUGAGAGGACCGUUGAAGGUGCCCUGGCAAAAGCAGCAAUGGUUGAUGAUCUUCAAAACAAGAACCAGGAGUUGAUGAAACAAAUAGAGAUCUGUCAGGAAGAAAACAAAAUACUAGACAAAAUGCAUAGACAGAAGGUUGCUGAAGUGGAAAAGCUCACACAGACAGUUCGAGAGCUGGAAGAGGCUGUUCUUGCAGGUGGUGCUACCGCAAAUACAGUGAGGGAUUACCAGCGAAAAGUCCAAGAGAUAAAUGAAGAGCGGAAAACACUUGACCGGGAGCUUGCACGGGCCAAGGUGACAGCAAACAGAGUUGCCACAGUGGUAGCAAAUGAGUGGAAAGAUGGUAACGAUAAAGUGAUGCCUGUGAAGCAAUGGCUUGAAGAAAGAAGGUUUCUACAGGGAGAAAUGGAGCAACUUCGUGACAAGCUUGCCAUAACAGAUCGAGCUGCUAAAUCAGAAGCACAGUUAAAAGAAAAGUUUCAACAGAGGCUUAAAGUGCUUGAGGAGACACUUAAAGGAACUUCAAGCAGCAGCAGCACCACCACUACCAGAAACUUAUCAGAGACAAGAAGCAUGAGUAACGGACCCUCUCGCAGACAGUCACUUGGUGGAUCUGACAACUUACAAAGACUACCAUCAAACGGUUCUUUUUCAAAGAAAGCUCCAAGUUUUCAGAUGAGACAUUCCUUGUCUAUCAACUCAACUUCUGUGUUGAAGAAUGCUAAAGGAACAUCUAAGUCGUUUGAUGGAGGCACAAGAUCCUUGGACAGGGGUAAAGCACUCUUAAAUGGACCUGGGAAUUAUUCUUUCAACAAGGCUUCUUCUGAUGACUCUAAGGAUACGGAGGAGAAGGCACAACGUGAAGACCAUGCAGCAGCAGCAGCAGCAGCAGCAACUGAGGAUAGUGUCCCAGGUGUUUUGUAUGAUUUGCUGCAGAAAGAAGUAGUUUCUUUGAGAAAAGCCUCUCAUGAAAAAGAUCAAAGCCUCAAAGACAAGGAUGAUGCCAUUGAGAUGCUAGCGAGGAAGGUGGAAACAUUAACAAAGGCAAUGGAGGUUGAAGCGAAGAAGAUGAGAAGAGAAGUAGCUGCAAUGGAGAAAGAGGUUGCUGCAAUGCGUGUGGAGAAAGAUCAGGAUAAUAGAGCCAAAAGGUUUUCAAAUAGCAAGAGCUCAUCCAACACCGCUCAGAUUCUUGCUGCAAGAGCUGCUGGACGAAGCAGCUUAACGAAGAGUACCCAGUGAGAUGAGAUUCCGAAAUAACAAGUUUUAAAGAGCUGUGGAUUGGUUUCUCUGGAGAGAGUUUGUGUACCUCUGAUUCUUUAUUUGGUUUUACUCUACUUUCAGUCUUUGUGUGAUUAUUAGUUUAUAUGUUGAGUUUGAUAAUAUAUGAGAUAUAAUUAAUAUAAAUUAUUUAGCAUAAUC